AUGACUGGUCUUGAUCUCAUUCUGGGAUUGGACUGGUUAUCCAAGAACCAUGUUCUACUCGAUUGCUCUGCAAAAACAGUGUGUUUUAUGCCUGAAGACAUAGAAGGGCCAGUUGUGGUGAAAAACUACUACCUGAAUUCCAUGAUAGUGAUCUGUUCUAGGGCCGAAUGUCAGGAGAUAUUGUUGUUAGCUGCGGGUGUUUCGGGUGAUAUUCAAAGCUUGGAGCAAAUCCCGGUUGUGUGUGAGUUUGCAAAGGUGUUUCCUGAUGAUAUUGAGGAAUUUUUACCUAACCGAGAAGUUGAGUUUGCCAUUGAGUUAGUACCUGGGGCCGGACCAAUCUCGAGUGCUCCUUAUAGGAUGUCACCUCUAGAAAUGGCCAAAUUGAAGUCUCAACUGGAGGAUCUAUUGGGAAAGAACUUUAUUCGACCGAGUGUUUCUCCGUGA